ACCAAACAUCCAUCCGUCCAUCAGCUCUAAACUUUAAUUGUAAUCACAUCGUCCUUUCUCGACACCAACUGGGUCAAAUGCUUAAAAAAAGGAAAAGGAAAAGAGAAAGAUGACGUUUCCUUCCUUCCUCUCCACCACCACUCUCUUCUAUUUAUCUCCUCUCUCUCUUUCUUCCUCCAUGAGCGGUGCUCUUCAUGUUGGAUGCACCACUUCAACUCAACCUCAAUACAUAAACGUCGUGUUGGGAAAAGGAUAAAGGCAGGGAGAAGGAGAUGGGGAGGUCACCGUGUUGCGAGAGCGAGCACAUGAACAAAGGGGCAUGGAGCAAGGAGGAGGACGAGCGCCUCAUCGCCUACAUCAAGCGCCACGGCGAAGGCUGCUGGCGAUCCCUUCCAAAGCCCGGCCUGCUGCGCUGCGGCAAGAGCUGUCGCUUGAGGUGGAUCAACUACUUGAGGCCAGAUUUGAAGCGUGGUAACUUCUCCGACGAAGAAGACGAGCUCAUUAUCACCCUCCACAGCCUCCUCGGCAACAAGUGGUCGCUGAUAGCGGCACGGUUGCCGGGAAGGACAGACAACGAGAUUAAGAACUACUGGAACACCCACAUCAAGAGAAAGCUUCACGCACGCGGGAUCGAUCCCCAAACCCACCGUCCUCUCGACUACACCAGCACUGCUGGUGCUGGUGCUGCUGCCACUCACACUAUCUGUUCUAACGCUAACAACAGCGGCAACAAGGCCACGCCUCACUCGACGACUUGUGAAGAAUUAUCAUCAUCAUCAACACCACCACCGCUCCGUGCAGCCAAGAAAAGAUUGAAUUCAUUAGCCAGCGCGGUGGUUACAGUGCGAGAAGAAGAAGAAUCAACGAACAACAGCAUGAGCAGUGACGUAACGACCACCACCACCACCGCGGAGGAAGUGCAAGUGCAACUCAUCAAUAACAAGAACGGCAUAAAUAUGGAUGAAGACGGAGAUGCCAAUGCAGACCUCGACCUUUCACUUUGCCUCUCCGUUCACCGCCCCAAGACUAUCAUCAGAAACAACAGCACUAGCAGCACGGCAAGUACUGAAUUACUAAGGAGUCCUCCGCCUCUACCAGCUCAUGGGCAUCGUGAGGUUUUCCUGAGUCUAGGGUUUCAUCCCGACGCCCGACAUGCCUGCAGCGGCACCAGCUGCAGUGCACCCACAGCUACAACACUUGACUUGUUAAGCGACCCCUCUUCACACCCCAUCUCUGGAGCCUCUUCUUACUGGUUUUGAUGUUAAUGAAUUCUAGUCUUAGACUAUGGCUAAUUAUGGCUAAUUACGGUCCCCCUCUCUUCAAACCCUCGAAACCACUUUUUAUGGGAGAGAUACCACAGCUUAGUUCUUGCUCAUUUGUUUCAUGUGACAGAUGCCUUCUCCUUUCCCUCUUCCUCCUCCACUAAUUUCUCAAGACACGGGUAGAUGAUGACAGUCAAUUGUAAUUCUGGA